AGAAGAAGAAGCUAAGAAAAACCAAAUAGAAGGAAACUUGGUAAGGGAAAAAGGCGAUGGAGAAUAAACGAAGCGAAGACAAAGAAGCAAUAAUUGAGAAUUAAUUAACACGCAAAAACUCCGUAUGAGUUGUUAAGUUGUUAAACACUCACUAUCAAUCAUUCACGAUCACAAAUGAUGAUGAUGAUGAUGAUAACAAGUUUGAAGAACAAAGUGUUAAUACUUCUUUACUUUAUUCAUCAACUGUCUCUGCAACUUCUUCUCCACAUGUUUCGCUUCAAAUGGAACUGCUUUUUUCCUUCCAAACGGAAUAUUGACAUCACUCUCCCUCGCACUUUUUCUCUUCCCGCUCCGCUUUCUCAAUGGCCUCAAGGACAGGGUUUUGCUUCUGGAGUUGUGAACCUUGGUGAAAUUGAAGUUUUUAAGGUCACUGAGUUUGAGUUAGUUUGGAGCAGCAAUGUGAUGGUGGAGCCAACUAAAGCUGUUGCAGUGUAUAAACCAGUUGGAAUACCAGAUGGGUUUCAAAUUCUUGGUCACUAUUGUCAACCUAGCCACAAGCCUUUAUGGGGUUUUGUACUUGUUGCUAAACAAGUGCAAGAUUUCUCAUGUAAAAUUUCCAACCACGACAAGUUACCAGCUUUAAGGAACCCUCUUGAUUAUACUCUAGUAUGGUGUACUGAUUCAGGACGAAAGAAAAUGGUCACGCUGGUUGAUUCGGCUUACUUUUGGCUACCUCAGCCUCCUGAAGGUUACAAAGCCCUUGGUUACUUGGUUACUAACAAUCAUGAGAAACCAGAUUUAGAUGAAAUUAGUUGUGUUCGCGUUGAUCUGACCGAUAAAUGUGAACCUUACCGCACAUUAUUUGACGUUGGAUCUAUUCUUCCUAAGUUUCCAUUUUGGGUUUGGAAUUUGAGACCUUGCGACCGAGGCAUGUUGGGGAAAGGAGUUUCAGUAGGGACAUUUUUUUGCAGUAGUUGUUGUUGGAACAAGGGAGAAGAAUUACCUGUUAUGUGCUUGAAGAAUUUGAAUCCCGUUCUACCAGCAAUGCCGCGACUCGACCAAAUAAAUGCCCUUAUAGAGCAUUAUGGCCCUACUGUUUUCUUUCAUCCUGAUGAAGUUUAUCUUCCUUCUUCUGUUGAUUGGUUUUUCAGUAAUGGAGCCCUUUUGUACCGAAAAGGUGAGUCUAAAGGCGAGGCUAUUGAUUCAAAUGGAUCGAAUUUGCCGGGUGGUGGAACAAAUGAUGGAGAAUUUUGGAUAGAUUUGCCAAGUGAUGUUAUUAGAAGGGAAUCUAUCAAACAUGGGGACUUGGAAAGUGCUAAACUUUAUGUUCAUGUGAAGCCUGCAUUUGGUGGAACUUUCACAGAUAUUGUAAUGUGGAUUUUUUGUCCAUUCAAUGGACCCUCUACUCUAAAAUUUGGAAUUAAAAGCAUUUCUUUUAACAAGAUUGGUGAGCAUAUAGGUGAUUGGGAACAUUUCACACUUCGUAUAAGCAACUUCAGUGGAGAGCUGUGGAGUAUAUAUUAUUCACAGCAUAGUGGUGGUAAAUGGGUCGAUGCAUAUGACUUAGAGUAUAUUGAUGGAAAUAAAGCUGUUGUGUAUUCAUCAAAAAAUGGGCAUGCAAGUUAUUUUUAUCCUGGAACCUAUAUACAAGGAUCUUCAAAACUUGGGAUUGGGAUUAGGAAUGAUGCUAGGCGUAGUAAUUUAUGUGUGGAUUCAAGUGUUUCCUAUGAGGUUGUUGCAGCUGAGUAUUUAGGUGAUGUUGUGAAAGAGCCUCAAUGGUUGCAGUUUAUGAGACUGUGGGGUCCUAAAAUUGUGUAUGAUUCAAAAACUGAGCUGGAUAAGAUAUUACAUGCUCUUCCUAUAAGGCUUCGAAGUUCAUUUGGUAAUUUGUUAAAAAAGCUUCCAGUGGAGUUGUAUGGUGAGGAAGGUCCUACUGGGCCAAAAGAGAAAAAUACCUGGAUAGGAGAUGAAAGAUGGUGAAUUGAUGUUAAUUCUUACAUCACACGGAUUAGUCAAAUAAGCAAAUUCUUGACAACAAGUGUUGUAGUUGUAAUGUUUUGUACUAAUAUUACUAUAUUGUGAGAGUAAAGUUAUAAGUUAUUUUUCGUAUGUUAAAAUAUAUAGAAAAUGAAAAGUUAUGUGAUAUAAA